UGUUAUAUUCCUUCGAUCUAUCUAGGAUACAUAUAACAAUGGCGCCGAUGGUUGUAUUGCCAUUGCAUAAAUACCAUUCCCAAACCCCUUAUUACACCAUCUUUUCUCAUUCCCAUAUUCUUGUACUUUUCCAUUCCCUUGUAGUUACGAUCAAUGGCUACCAAGGCUGUCCAUGUUUCCGACGUACCAAAUCUUGAUCACGUGCCCGAAAACGCCACCAUUUACGCCACACGUCUUCCUACCGGGGUGGAUGUGAGUAAUAAAGGUGGUAAUGGAAAUCCAUCAAGAUUUGUGGUGAUCGGUCAUAGAGGUCAUGGUAUGAAUAUAUUAAACUCGGGGGAUCGGAGAAUGAAAGCCUUCAAAGAGAACUCUAUUCUCUCUUUCAACCAUGCCUCUAAUCACCCCCUCGACUUUAUCGAGUUUGACGUUCAGGUAACAAAAGAUGAUGUACCAAUCAUUUUUCAUGACGACUUGAUACUUUCUCAAGAAAAUGGCACUGUGUAUGAGAAAAAAGUUACUGAUUUGACGCUUAACGAAUUCUUUAGCUACGGGCCCCAAAGGGAAACCGGCAAAGACGGGAUAUCGUUAGUUAGGAAAGUAAAUGGCAAUAUUGUUGAAUGGAAUGUUGAAUCUGAUGAUCAUUCGUGUACUUUACAAGAAGCGUUUGAGAAAGUUAAACCAGGACUCGGAUUCAAUAUCGAAUUAAAAUUCGUUGAUGAUGUUGUUUAUAAACAAGAUCAUCUCAUCCAUGUGCUUCAAGUCGUUUUGAAAGUAGUCUCUGAGUAUGCUAAAGAUAGACCUAUAAUUUUUUCGAGUUUUCAACCUGACGCGGCGUUACUUGUCAAAAAACUUCAACAAAAAUACCCUGUUUACUUUUUGACGAAUGGAGGAACCGAGAUAUAUGACGAUGUAAGAAGGAAUUCGUUGGAGGAAGCAAAGAAGGUUGCGUUAGAGGGCAGGUUAGAUGGAAUAGUUACAGAAGUAAAGGGUAUUUUUAGAAACCCAUCUGCAGUUAGGGAGAUUAAAGACUCAAAACUAGCUCUUCUCACUUAUGGCAAAUUGAAUAAUUUUCCAGAGACGGUGCACGUUCAACAUCUUAUGGGCAUAGAUGGGGUGAUUGUUGAUUUAGUGGAAGAAAUUACGAGGGCGGUUGAUGAAUUGAAGCCGAGAAAUAGUAGUACUGGCCAAGUUAAAAGUGACGAUAAGGGGGAAAGUGGUCGUGGAAUCGACUUGUCGUUUCUACUCAACUUGAUUUCACAAGUGAUACAACACUAAUAGAAACUAAUGGUUUAUGAAUGUGUUGGAUUGGACCCAUAGUAUACGUUUUUGUACAUAGAAUUAAGAAUGGAGAUUGUGAAAUUGGGGUCAAGUCCAUUUGUGUAAUGCUAUUAAUUAAAACUAUCUUUUUGAGUAACUUAAUGAAAUAGGCAUUACUUAAUCAUUUUUCAUG